AUGGUCAUUUUAGUGGAAGACGAGAAUGGCGCGGGCUAUAGUAGAGAUGAUAGGGACUUGAUUAGGCUGGGGAAGAAUCCUGUCCUGAAGCGCAAUUUUGGAUUUUGGUCUAUCUUGGGCUUCUCGUGCACUGUCCUGAUCACUUGGGAGGGGAUGUUCGUGGUUUCUACGCAGAGCCUGGUGAAUGGAGGUCCUGCGGGUGUUAUCUGGGGAUAUCUCAUCGUUUGGGUUGGGACUCUUUCGAGCUUCGUUGUAUUAUCAGAAUUGGCUUCGAUGGCACCUACCGCAGGAGGCCAGUAUCAUUGGGUUGCGAUGCUAGCUCCGGAUCGUUCGAGACGCUUCUUAAGCUACAUUACUGGCUGGAUCACAUUAGCUGGCUGGCAAGCAGUCACUGCUUCCGCAGCAUACCUCAUAGGAUCCCUUCUGCAAAGUGUUAUUAUCUUGUUAAAACUAGAUUACAUCCCUCAGCUAUGGCAGACCAUGCUCUUCUUUUGGGCGAUAUUGGCCUUCUCAGUAUUUAUUAACACUGUCGCAAGUAGGACCCUUGCUCAUUUCGAGAGUUUGACACUCAUAUUACACAUCCUCGGAUUUCUUGGCAUCUUGAUUCCUCUGGUCUGCCUUGCUCCACACGGAGAUAGCUCUAUCUUCACAACGUUUGUCAAUGAAGGCGCAUGGCCUACGAAGGGAUUGUCGUUCAUGAUUGGCCUACCGACCUCAGUGUUCUCACUCAUUGGUGCCGAUUCUGCCGUGCAUAUAAAAAACGCCUCGAUCGCAGUGCCUCGAGCUAUGAUUAUCAGCAUCGCACUUAACGGCAUUCUCGGAUUUGCGAUGAUGAUCGCAUAUCUCUUCUGCCUAGGAGACCUUGACGCUGUGCUAGAGUCGCAAGAAACACUGGGCUACCCAUUCCUAUUCGUGUUUCAAACCGGGGUAAAAUCAACUCCGGGGGCGGCAGUGAUGGGUUUGGUGAUCGUAGUUCUUGGUAUAAGCAGUACCGUGGGCGUUUUAGCAUCAUCAUCAAGAAUGCUUUGGUCGUUCGCAAGAGACCAAGGAGUACCAAAUUGGAGGACAUUUAUCAAGCUUGAGCGUCGCACUUCCAUUCCCAUGUAUGCCAUCGCAUUUACAACAACCAUCUCUGUGCUUCUAUCACUUAUCACGCUCGGCUCAAGUGUUGCUUUCAACAAUAUCGUCAACCUGAGUGUCGCCGGCUUAUAUUCUUCUUAUCUACUUACCUGUGUACUUUUCCUUUGGCGACGUACACAAUCACAGGGAAUUAAGCCGUACGACCUAAAUGCGUCAAGGGUUGGCCCUGGAAACCUGCAUUGGGGACCCUGGCGCAUUCACGGCGUACUAGGCGUGCUUAAUAACGCAUUCGCUUGCGUUUAUUUGCUGGUGCUGUGGUUUUGGGCGUUUUGGCCCCCAGAUAUACCAGUUACACCGCAGAAUAUGAAUUUUAACGUGCUGACAUUUGGGGCGGUGGUACUGUUUGCCGUUGCUUGGUAUGUUGUGCGCGGUAGAAAGGUUUACAUCGGUCCAAUCGUGGAGGUAACACUGUAG